AUGGCAAGACCUGCCCAAAAACCAAGAAUUAAAAAAUCCUGUACCGGUUGCGGUGAUACUUUCACUUGUUUUAAACAAGCCAAUUAUGAUUAUUGCCGCUCUUGUGCGAUUAAUGGCAACAGAUACGCUAAAAAUCAAUGCCCUGAGUGUGGAAAUGGCAGUGGAGUAAUCAAAUUUAAAGGCAAACCCCCGAGAGAGUGCAAACUUUGUGCUUUAACCAAGCCUAAGAUUAAUUGCUUUUAUGGCUGUGAUUUUAUGGCUGGUAUAGCCCAAAUAAUGGAACAGCAUUAUCGACAAAAGCAUCCAUUCAAGUCCAAGGAGUAUUUCAAUGAGCAACAGGCUUUAAAUAUCCUUAAACCCUUGCUAACCGAGCAUAAAUUAACCCUUACUUUCAGUGAUGCUGCUGGACAAAAUGUUGAUAUUGCCAAAGCCAAAGGUUGUGCGGAAACUUACGCGAUUAAAUACUUUCUUACCAAGUUUUUCUUAAUCCCCACCACCGAUGAAUUAGACCCUGAUAUUACUAAGUCCCAUGAACACUCCAAUCGCCUCAAAAGCGGACGGCAAGAAACCCCCGCCGAAAUCCAAAAAAGACUCCAUGCCAAAGACCAACAAAAAGAAGCUGAACUAAAAGCCAAAUACGCUUACUUACCCCCUAGUUUUAGUGAAAAAUGUGGUAAAGCAGUUGAUCCCCUUUGCCAAAAUCAAUGCUUUAAACAUUGCUAUAACAAGGAUUAUCCGGAUAAUCACUAUCUAAGAUGUAAAAAUCCCCAGCAUCCCCCUUACCAAGAAAGCAAAUUUUUAAAGCAAUUCAAACAAAGCCAAGCUAAAAUUCAGCAAUUACUUUGGCAAUAUCCUUAUGCUACUGCGGAUGUCUCACACCUGACUAAGCCAAAAUUAAAGAAUGCCAUUCGGAGAGAUAUUCAACUCCUCCAAGAAAUCUUGCCCCUCGAAGAUUGCUUAAUUCCCAAUGAAGAUGACCCAGAAAUGUGA